AUGGCCGCGAAAGAGGACCAAGACGAGCUCGCCGAGUCUCUCAACGAUCUCUUUACCAGCGUCUCCACUAUGGUCAAAUCCGAGCUCCAGGGAUCAACCAACCACCUGGACCUUUUGGAGAAGAUGAAUCUGAGAGUGGCCGAAGAGUACAAAGGCUUCGGUGACGUGGCCUCUGGGCUGAGCGUCUUCGUGGAGCAGCUCAAGUCGAAAAGCGGCAGCUUUGAAGUGUAUGCGAAGCAGAUUGACGUUAUAGAGCAGCAAGUCACGGAGUUCGAAGCUGUGAUUUCAGUGCUGGAUAGAUAUGUGUCUAUGUUAGAGUCCAAAGUCCAGUCCGUGUAUCAGAAUCCGUCUCCUUCCUAA